AUGGAGCAUAAGUGGGUAGGAAUAUUUUUUAUCGUAAUUGUAAGCCAAAUAACUGCAGCACUUAGCUAUGAGGAGGAAGAUACAACUGGUUUACAAAAAAGGGAUAGGCCUCAGGUGGAAGUGAGGGCUGUUUUUAUAAAUUGUCAACCCGAGGUUUUAAAUAUAGCUCCUGAAAGCGAAGCAACAAGAUUUGAACGAGAUGAACUUUUUAAGCACAAUGUAUUAAAAGACUGCAUUAAAAAAUUGGCUCUUACCGUCAAAAUAACCAGCGAAGCGGGUGAUUCUGGUGAUGAGUAUAUACCAAUUGAGCAUGUGUUCGAGGAUUCAGAGAAGCGUGUUCGUUUACUCGACCCCUAUAUACUCCGACUUCGAAGAGAAAUGCCGCGUCAGGCUUAUUUGUUGCGAAGACUCGAUACAGUAAGUUGCGUGGUGACAAAUGAUGCUGUUCAUGACGUGGAUGACAACAAUAUUGAAUCUACAAGGAGCCGUAUCCAACGUGACGCAGAACAUAACUCUGAUAUAAGCCAUGUCAACGUAAAUAAGGCUGAUGUUCGUUUUUUGCAAAGCUACAGUACACAGCUUCCAGGAACUUCACUGUUUACUACAGUUUUAAUGGAACGUGAUAAUUGUGGUAAUUAUUGUAGUAUCUACCUAAAAUCCUAA